AUGGCUUACGACAAUAAUAACCAACCUCUAGUUGACUAUUUAAAAGUCAAACAACAUAUUAACAACCUUGGAGAUAGUUCUUUUCUUAACUUUUUGAAGAUUGGCCUAAGAGAAUAUGCCGCAAAUAAUAUAAAUGAAAAACACAUAGUUAAUACCGUUAAACAAACUGCUGGCGAAGACUUAGCACCUUAUGAAGCCCUAUUAUCUGAAUUUCGAGAUGUUUUUACAGAUGCCGUAGCUUUUACUUCUAAAGGAAAAGGAAGGAAGCAAAUUUCCUAUGCGGAAGCAGUUAAACAGGACUCGAAUAGUGACUCCAGCAGACCAAACUCGCCUUCUCCUAAAAUGAAUAAAAAGAUGAAAAAAACUGCGCCCGUUUCAAAAACUAGCUCGUCUAGUACUAGCUGUAAGGCUCCUAAGAAACAACCUACUACACCUGCGCUCAAAACAAUUAGCACUGUGAUAACAGGAUACAAUCCCAAAAUUAAGGAGAAUAUUCAAGAAAUCACAGUAUAUGAUAUUCCCUUCCGAUGGACCCAACUUGAUGUUCUUAAUCACUUAAAGGCCUGGGAUCAAGUUAUUGCGAUUAAAUUUAAAUCGCAACAGAAAUAA